AUGCCAGACGAAGUCUGUUUGUCGUGUUAUGGCUGUCAACAAAAAUUUACGGUGAUUCGACGUCGUCACCAUUGCCGUAUUUGUGGACAAGUAUUUUGCAGCGAUUGCUGCCACUUACAGGAUGUUCUGAUGAAAUUGGGGAGUGAGCGUUAG